UUUCAACAAUCGAAAAGAAAAAAGGCCUUGUUUUACUGACAGCCUACUUGCAGUGCCCCCAAAGUCACCUUUUCAUCUCCUCCUCCCAUUAAACAUGGCUGCUGUAGCAACAUCAAACCCCCUUUCUCCCCUUCUUUCCCCUUUCCAUGGUAAAGACCAUCCUCCCAUUUCUAGUUCUAUUGUUCCCAGGUUUUGAGAUUCCCAUUUAUCUAAGCUUAAAGUCACCCUCAAACGCUCAACAAAUGCUUCAAUUCUUCCUGUAAUCAGAGCCCAAAACUCUCUUGAUUACACCACCGACGCAGAAUUUUAUAAAGUUGAAGUUAUUCUAAGACCAUGGUGAAUUCAGCAGGUUUCUUCGUAUUGCAGUGAUUUUGAGCAUUACGUUCUUAAAAUGUGUUCAAGUUUAACCUUAAAUAGUAAACCUUGUAAUGAUAGAGGUUCAACAGAGAGACAUGAUGGCUCUGAAUUUUCUGAAGACAAGCUUGUAGCUAAAGUCAAGAUAGAGAUUGUGGUGAGCAAGGACCAGGUGGAAGCAUGAUUAUGAAAAUUUAGUCUAAAUGACCAUCUUGCUAUAGUAAUAGACAAGAUAAUUGAGGAAGCAAGGACAAAUGAGAUUGGUGAUGGCAAGAUUUUAUUGAUACCUGUCACGGAUGUUAUAAGAGUUCGCACAGGCGAGAGGAUGACCGGAGGACGUGCUGAUAUGUCAGCCACUACAUUGACCUAA